AUGGCAGAGACCCAUCUCGACCGACUGCUCACCCUUCUCACCACAGGCUCACCGCUCCUCACAUCGCCAGAGUGGGAGACACGGACGGCAGCUGGUGCUGCCAUGGGUGCCCUGGCUGAGGCUACUCCGCCGUGGAACCCGGUCAUCAUUCCGCCGUCGGCUGCCGGCGCUUCCUCGUCGUCGGUCGAAGAUCGCCCUUCCGCCGACUCGCGCCUGCUCUCCUUUGACUCGUUUGAUAUUGACGCCGUCCUCGCCAACGCCCGCCCGCUUGCCGGCUCGGCCGGGCAAGAGUACGACCUCGACCCCCGCUCGCUCUCUGCCAAUCGCGCCACCCGGCUCGCUGCCGCCCGGGAGGCGCUCAACAUGCGUCUCGGCCUCGGCGAUAGCACCAUCGGCGGCGACAUGUUCGCAGACAUGAUUGCCGACGACGAUCUGGAGAUGAAGGCGACGACGCAGCCGGCGGGCUCCUCGGCCAGCUCCGCCCCGGCCGCCGAAGAGGUCAUCGCCGACCUCGAUGGGCUCUCGGCCCGCGAGCGGAACCAGCUCAAGCGCGACGCCCGCCGCAAGCGCGCCCGCGAGACCGGCGCCGUCUCGUCGGUCAUGGCUCCGCCGACAAAAAAGACCAAGAAGCUCGCCCGCAAACGCGCUGUAGCAGGCAACAAGAUCGUGGUCGAGGCUGUUGAUGACGACGACCCGGCCGCCACAGAGUGGGAACAAUACGCCACGCCCGAGUGGCCGUUUGAGCCGCUCACCGACGAGCUCCUCUACGACAUCUUCAACGACCGCUGGGAGACGCGCCAUGGCGCCGCCGCCGCCCUCCGCGACAUCCUCAAGCACCAUGCCGCUACGGCGGGCAUGCACAACGGCGUGAGCCCGGCUGCAAACGCAGCCCUCCAUGCCGCAUGGGUCGAAGACACCGCUCUCCGCCUCUUCUGCGUCCUCCUCCUCGACCGUUUCGGCGACUACGUCUCUGGCCUCGUCGUCGCUCCCGUCCGUGAGACCGUGGCUCAGACCAUGGGUGCUCUUGUCGCCCACAUGGUCGACGACAACGUCCCGCGCUUUGUCUCGGCCCUCCUCGCCCUCCUCGACCAUCCGCACUGGCAAGUCCGCCACGGCGGCCUCCUCGGCAUCAAGUACGUCGUCCUCGUUCGCAUGGACCUCGUCGCCGCCUGGCUUCCGCUCAUCCUCCGCCCGGUCAUGCGCCAUCUCUCCGAUGGCGAAGACGACGUCCGCGCUGUCGCGGCGCAGACCCUCGCCCCGCUCGCCUCCCACAUCGUCGACGCCUUCCCGCGCCUCGUCGGCCCUCUCCUCUCCGUCCUCUGGGACGCCCUUCUCUACCUCGACGACCUCACCGUCUCCACCGCGGCCUCGCUCGAGCUCCUCGCUGCCACCUACGCCGCUGCCCCGCCUGACUCGGACUUUAAGCUGUACAACUACGACGAGACCGCCGAUCCGGCCGCAGCCGCGGCCGCGGACAUUGCCGCCGCCGGCUCGGCCGAGUCGAGCCACAUGCUCCAUGGCGCGCCGCCGGCCCGCCUCGCGCACCUCAUCCCGCGCCUCUUCCCCUUUCUCCGCCACAACGACGCCGCCGUCCGCACCGCCACCCUCACCACCCUCUCCACCCUCCUCUCUCGCUCGUCCGGCGCAUGGCUCUCCGCAGAGACCUGCAUGGGUCCGCUCUUCCGCCUCCUCUUCCAGAACAUGCUUCUCGAGACAAAGCCGUCGCUCGUCGCCGCCUCGCGCAAACUGUGGUCCGCUCUCCUCGCCCUCGACGACUCGGCCGCCUUUAUCGUCUCGGUCACCUCGCCGCACCUGCUGGCGUGGACAAAGCUGCUUGUCACGCCGUCGGGCACCCAGCUCGACGCCUCGCUCCUCCUUAUCCCGCAGCACUCGGCCCGCCUUCGGUCGACUGCCAAGGCGACUCGCGAGGGUGCCAAGCCGCAGCCCAUGGAGGUGGCCUCGUCGAGCAAUGCUCCCGCGCCAGCGCCGCCCUCUACACAGCCGGCCUCCGGCCUCGCUGCCGAUCCGGCGCUCUCCUCAGUCUACGGCAUCUCGUCGCGGACUGCCGGCGUGCGGAUGCGGCUAAACGGGUCGGCUGCGCUCGGCCUCCUUGCCGCCGCGUACGCCGCCGCGCUUCCAACCGAGGCCAAUCCGUUUGUCUCGCUCCUCUCGUCGCUUCUUGCCUCGCAGCUCUCGGUUGAGCGCCAGGCCGGUGCUCUGAUCCUGGCCCGCUGGGCCCCGAACACCCCCGAUCUCCGCUCGCCGCUCCUCGAUGCUGUCCUCGCCUGCCUCGGGACCAAAGCGAGCGCUGUUCCCCUCUACGGUGAGCUCAUGCUCCUCCUCGAGAGGCUUCGCGCCCAGAUGGGCAACCUGGUGAGUCUCUUCACCUCGCACGGCCUCCCGCAGACCAAGGCAACACAAGCGCUCGCCGGUGCGCCAUCGGCCGAGACUGACGUCCUCGCCGCCGCCGCCUACGUUGCCACCACCGCGUUUGCCGCCAUGGACCGGGACAUGCCGCUGACACGGACCGGCGACGCCGCUGCCGCCCGCACCGCUGCCCAGGACCAGCUCCUCGAGACCAUCGGCUUCCUCCAGAGCUUGCAGGACAAGUUCCACCUGUGCGUACAGGCGACCGCUGCCGGCGCUGCUGUCGCACUUGCCCACUUUCCGCCCAAGCUCAACCCGCUGGUCAAGGCACUUGUCGCCGCCGUCAAGAAGCUCGAUGUGCCCCUGCUGCAGGCCGACGCUGCCGCCCACCUCGUUGCCCUAGUCGAGGCUGUCCUCCCGCGGCUGCCCAAGGGCCCCGCCAAUAAGAUCUGCGGCUCGAUGCUCAACGCGUUGGUUGGCGACCCGGCGACCGUCGCUGCCGCCGACUGGCCUGAGGCUCUCGCCGGCACAGACCGCGAGCCGGCUCUGCUCCCGGCCAACCUUGCGGAGCUUAAUCCGCCCAAGCUGAUCGGUGCCGACGCCGACCGUGCCGCUCGCGCUGCCAUCGGUGCCGCCGCCUUUUUCCACGCACUCGCAGACUCGCUUGGCGCCUCGCUCUUCUCGCUCCUCCCACACCUCGAAACCAAGAUCCUAGCCGCUGGCCUCGCGUCGCCGGCGACCGAGCCGCAGGCCGCCGUCCGCGCCCUUGCACUUCUUGCCACGCUUGCGCCGAAGCUUGCGGUCUCGCCAGAGGUCGAGGCCAAGGUGGCAAGCCUGCUCCCGGGUGUCUUUGCAUGCCUGGUCGUCGCCAACGCGGCUGUCCGCCACGGCGCGUCACGCGCACUUGCCGCGCUUGCUGGCAGCUUUACGCUGACCGUCAUGCAGACCGUCAUCUCCUCUGUCCUUCCGCUCCUCGACGACGGCACGUCGCCGUUGCGGCGGCUGGGCGCGGCAGCAGCCGUCGACGCGCUUGUCGACGCGCUCGGCGACGAUGUGCUCCCGUAUCUCGUCUUUAUCAUUGUGCCGGUGCUCGGGCGGAUGUCGGAUCCUGUUGCCGCCGUCCGCACCGCCAUGGCCAACACCUUUGGCUCGCUCAUCAAGCUCAUGCCGCUCGAGGCGGGCGCGCCGUCGCCCGCGGGCAUGUCGGCCGAGCUUGUUGCCCAGCGGAGCGCCAAGCGGUCGUUCCUCGACCAGCUUCUCGAUCCGACCAAGCUCGAGCCGUACGAGCUCCCGUUUACGCUCAAGGGUGGCAUCACACUCCGCUCGUACCAGCAGGACGGGCUCAACUGGCUCGCCUUUCUCCGCAAGUACGCCCUCCAUGGCGUCCUCUGCGACGACAUGGGCCUCGGUAAGACGCUGCAGACCAUUGCCAUUGUGGCGGCGUCGGCGGUGGAGGCUGCAGCCGCGCCACACGCCACGCCGGCCUCACUCGGCCUGCCGACCCUGGUUGUCGCGCCGACGACGCUCGUCGAGCACUGGGCCAUGGAGAUGACCAAGUUUGUGCCCGAUGGCAUUCUCUGCCCGAUCGCUUUCCGUGGGCCGCCCAAGAAGCGGCUGGAAGCGCUCCGCGGCUGGGUCACCGGUGUCGAUGCCUACGCAGCGUGGAUCAAGGCAGUGCGGAAGGCAGGCAAGAGCGCCAAGGGCGCCAAGGGUGGCAAGGGCGAGCCUGCUGUGGGUGCGCUGCCGCCGCCACCGCCGCCACCGCUCGCGUGGGCGCCACGGGAGCAGCGGCCGUCGCAGGCGCUGCCGGUGGUUGUGUGCUCAUACGAGGUGAUGCGCAACGACGUGGAGCUCCUCUCGCAGCUCCCGUUCGGGUACUGCGUCCUUGACGAGGGCCACGUGAUCAAGAACCCCAAGUCGCUUGUGGCGCAGGCGGUGAAGCGAGUGCCUGCCUCGCACCGGCUCAUUCUUUCUGGCACGCCGAUCCAGAACAACGUGCUGGAGCUCUGGUCGCUCUUUGAUUUUCUCAUGCCGGGCUUUCUCUGGAGCGAGGGGCGGUUCCAGGCUGUGUACGGCAAGCCGAUUGUGGCGUCGCGCGACGCCAAGUGCUCCGAGGCCGAGCAGGAGGCCGGGGCGCUGGCGCUCGAGGCGCUCCACCGGCAGGUUCUCCCGUUCCUCAUGCGGCGGCUGAAGGAGGAGGUACUCGACGACCUGCCGCCCAAGAUCAUCCAGGACGUGUACUGCACGCUCUCGCCGCUGCAACGCGAGCUGUACGCAGCGGUCGACGAGGUCGGGCUUGGCGGCAAGGGCGCGUCGUCCAAGGUCCACAUCUUCCGAACGCUCCAGUACUUGCGCAAGGUGAUCAACCAUCCGACGCUUGCGCUCACGCCGUCGCACGGCAUGUAUGCCGAGGUCAUGGGACGGUACGCGCAGCCAGACAAGGCGCUGCACACGCUGGCACAGGCUCCCAAGCUCAAGGUCCUUGCCGAACUGCUGGAGCAGUGCGGGAUCACCGGCGCACCGGAGACGCGGACAGGCGGCGGCGGGCAUCGCGUCCUCAUUUUCGCGCAGUCCAAGGCGCUGCUGGACCUUAUCGAGAGCGACGUGUUUGAGAGCGUGCUUCCGGGCGUGACGUACAUGCGGCUCGAUGGCUCGGUGGCGUCGUCGAAGCGACAGGCCGUGGUCAACAAGUUCAACUCGGACCCGACCAUCGACGUACUCCUCCUCACGACCUCGGUCGGCGGGCUCGGGCUCAACCUGACCGGCGCCGACACGGUGGUGUUUAUGGACCACGACUGGAACCCGAUGAAGGACCUGCAGGCCAUGGAUCGGGCCCACCGGCUCGGGCAGAAGCGGGUCGUCAACGUCUACCGGCUCAUUGCCAAGGGCACGCUCGAAGACAAAAUCAUGGGCCUGCAGCAGUUCAAGCUCAACGUGGCCAACACCGUGGUCUCGUCCGAGAACUCGUCCAUGCUCACCAUGUCGACGGACCGCCUCAUCGAUCUCUUUGAGCUUGGCGACGACGCGGAAUCCGGCGCCGCCGCAGGCUCGGCCGCGCCAGAAUCCGCCGCCGCCGCCGCCGCCGCCGAGUCGGCCGCCGGCUCGUCGGGCCAGGGUGGCAAGCUGGGCGCCAUCCUCAACUCGUUGGGCGAGCUGUGGGACGACGGCGAGUAUCAGGAUCAGUUUGAUCUUGGUGCGUUUCUGGAGAGCAUGCCUACAAAAGAGUAAACCGGCCUACGACGAA